UAGGUCGGGGCAGGACAACUGCGAACACAAUCUGUGAAUCAUAGCUUCUCAGUGAAAAACUACCCAGAGAAUCACUCUGAAGUUACUGGACCAUUUGCCACGCUUUCUCACAACCACCAGGAUAAUGUCACCGUGGUCUUUCGGUGAUUUGUCAUUAUUUUAUUGAUAGAAGUUGAUUUUAUAUAGAAACCCUUUUGAGAUUUCCCUCUAGACCGUCGCGCAUUGAUGAAUUAUUAACUCGUGAAAGAAACACCUUCUGUUUCUUGACUGAAGCUCAGAACGUGUUGAACCGGUUAUUAACCAACUUUAUCGCGUCGUGAAGGUAAGCUGUGUGUUUUUAAAAUGAUCUCUGGCCUCAGUCCAGUUUUCAGAGCGCCGAUCGCCUCCGUUAUGCAGCACCACAGCAACCUUCUUCCUUUGAAAAGAUAACAGGAGUUCCGUCCCCUCAACUACCUCUCCCUCACCUCCCGGGGGCCUAUCAGGCCCCCCCUUGGGGUUGCAACGAUGAACGGAGCCCGCGGACGCAUUGUGUUGGCUUGCCCCUUUGGACUCGAGCGUAAUCCUCAGUCUAGUCAAAGUUCACGAGCGCUGCAGCAAUCGUUAGUCCGCCGGUUUGCUCUGCAAGUGAUCGGUGAGCAGCCGGCGCUCGGGAAGGCUCUAGUCGGAGGACGUUGACGGGGAUCCGAUGGCGCACAGUGAGCCCUCCGGCAGGAGGAGACGACGGGCUCGUUCCGGGCCUCCGUCCUCCAUGCCUGCUCCCUCAGGCGGGGCUUCACCGGAGAAGAAUGAGCCUGUGAACAAUCUGCUCAUCUCUGUCGGAGGCCUCCCCAUGUUGGCGUCCAUGGCCAACACCACCGACCCCCGCUUCCGCCUCAAAUGGAAACCCAUCGUGGCGGUGGUCUUCUUCCUGGCGACUUCCCUGGCGCUCCUCAUGCACCAGCGCUCCGUCUCCGGCGACCCGCGCGGCUGGAGGGCCGGUCGCGCUGACGCCCGGCCGCCCGCCCCCCGUUACAACGACACCUACCCGCUCAGCCCGCCGGAGCGCACGCCGCAAGGCGCCCGCUACCGCAUCGGAGUCAUCGCCGACCUGGACAAGAAGUCUCGCCGGAACCAGACGCUGUCGUGGUUCAGCUACAUGCGGCGGGGGCAUCUGUCGGUGUCCCCCAGCGGGGACACGGUGGCGGUGGAGUGGGACGCGGAGAGGGUGGUGCUGGAGAGCGGCCUGUCGGAGAAGGGGCGGGGCAUGGAGCUGUCCGAGCUGGUCGCGUUCAACGGGAAGCUGUACAGCGUCGACGACAGGACGGGCGUAGUCUACCACAUCGACGGGGACAAGAUUGUGCCCUGGGUCAUCUUGGCCGACGGCGACGGCAGCGUGGCCAAAGGGUUCAAAGCGGAGUGGAUGGCGGUGAAGGACCAACACCUGUACGUCGGCGGUCUGGGGAAAGAGUGGACCACCACUGAGGGCGAGUUUGUCAACAACAACCCGAGCUGGGUGAAAGUACUGGGCUUCAGAGGGGACGUGCAACACGAGGACUGGGUUCCCAUCUACAAAUCUCUCAAGGCCGCUGCAGGGUUGGAGCCUCCAGGGUAUCUCAUCCACGAGUCAGCGGCGUGGAGCGACGUCCUGCAGCGCUGGUUCUUCCUCCCCCGGCGCGCCAGCAAGGAGCGCUACGAGGAGACGGCGGACGAGCGCCGCGGCACCAACCUCGCCCUCAGCUGCUCGGCGGAUUUCCGCGACAUCCUGGUGAGCCGCGUGGGUCCGCUUAACCCCACCCACGGGUUCUCCUCCUUCAAGUUCGUCCCCAAUACGGACGACCAGAUCGUCGUGGCCCUCAAGUCGGAGGAAGACGGCGAAAGGGUCGCCACGUACAUCACGGCCUUCACGCUCAAAGGACGCAUCCUGAUGCCUGAGACCCUGAUCGGGGACGUGAAGUACGAGGGCCUGGAGUUCAUAUGAACUUGGAGGCUCGCUGUGUUGACACUGCACUAUUCUUUUUUUUUUCCCCCGUUGAACUUACUGCACUCGCUGCUUCCGCGUCGAGGCAAAGAUUCCACGGAUCGACAUAAACAAUGUCAGCGGGUCCGUAGUCCGUCUCCUCACCGGCACAGAUGUGGCCCUCGACCGUACUGCAGCGUUUCUCAUGAUGAAUGUACACAAGAUCGAUUGGUCGGACUGUGAUUUAUUUUCUCAAAACAUUCAAGUGCGUGCACAUACUGUACAUUCUCAAAAGGUUUGUUUGUCCUGUUUUGCUCCAUGUUAAACAUCAUUCUGUACACACCGAUUUCACUGAAAAAACUAAAAGGCUGUUAUUCUUCACCCAUGUUAUUUGAAGGACAAUGAGUGCUAUACUUGUUUGAGUUUGAUGACUGAGUAAAAUAGCUUGAUUCCUA